AUGACGGAAAAAAAUAAAAAUCGCCCUUCAGUCUCUUCCAAUACAAAACUAUGGUGGAUAACAUUUGGAAUUCUAUGUGGUGCAACUUUUCUGACCCGCUUCUAUAAAGUUCUGGAACCGGAUCAUGUAUGUUGGGAUGAAACACAUUUUGGAAAAAUGGCAAGCUGGUACAUUAAUAGAACUUUUUUUUUCGAUGUUCAUCCGCCACUUGGAAAGAUGCUCAUAGCCCUCUCGGGAAAAUUAACAGGCUAUGAUGGUACAUUUCCUUUUGAAAAACCGGGUGACAAAUAUGAUGGGGCAAGAUAUGAAGGAAUGAGAAUUUUUUGUACAACAUUAGGAGCUUUAGUUAUUCCACUGACUUUUUUGACCAUUUGGGAGAUGACUAGAUCACUUGAUUCAACAUUUAUUGGAACCUUACUUCUACUUUGUGAUGUUGGAUUCUUAACUUUGAAUAGAUAUAUUUUAUUGGAUCCUAUACUGUUGUUCUUCAUGAGUUGUUCUAUAUAUGGAGCAUUUAGGGUGCGAUCAUUAACUGAUGAUGGUCUACCACCAUUUUCUAUGAAAAUGCUGAUAUGGCAAAUAUUUCUUGGGACAUCUCUUGCUUGUACAAUGUCAGUUAAAUUUGUUGGACUGUUUGUAGUGUUAUUUGUGGGUUUAAGAACUAUUGCUGACCUUUGGAAUGUGCUGGGAGAUUUGACUAAGCCUGUGAGCUUGACAUUAAAACAUCUAAUUGGAAGGAGCUUAACCCUAAUAGUGUGGCCUAUUAUACUCUAUGUGUUCUUCUUUUGGAUUCAUCUUACAGUUCUUAGUAAAAGCGGUAACGGCGACGGCUUUUACUCGUCGGGCUUCCAAGCGCGGCUGGCAGGCAACAGCCUGCACAAUGCGAGCGCGCCGUCGUUGUUGGCGUACGGCGCCACGCUCACGCUCAAGAACCACCGCACGGGCGGCGGCUACCUGCACUCGCACCACCACCUCUACCCGCCCGGCGUAGGCGCGAGGCAGCAGCAGAUAACAACGUACACGCACAAAGAUGACAAUAACCGCUGGGUGGUGAAGCCGUACGACGGCGAGGCGGCGGCGGGCGCGCGGGCGGUGCGCGCCGGCGACCUCGUGCGCCUCACGCACGCCGCCACGCGCCGCAACCUGCACGCGCACCGCGAGCGCGCGCCGCUCACCACCAAGCUCAUGCAGGUCACCGGCUACGGCGAGGACGGCGUGGGCGACGCCAACGACGUGUGGAAGGUGGUGGUGUCGGGCGGCCAGGACGGCGACGAGGUGCUUACCGUGCGCAGCAAGCUCAUGUUUGUGCACUACUUGCAGGCGUGCGCUCUGACAACGACCGGCAAACAACUGCCCAAGUGGGGCUUUGAACAGCAAGAAGUCGCGUGUAAUCCUAAUUUAAGGGAUAAAAACGCGCUCUGGAACGUGGAGGAUAAUAUUUUCGAUAAACUGCCCAAAGUUAGCUUCGAAGCGUACGCGUCAGGGUUCUGGGAGCGGCUGGUGGAGUCGCACGCCGUGAUGCUGCAGGGCAACGCCGGCCUCAAGCCCAAGGAGGGCGAAGUCACCUCGCAACCCUGGCAGUGGCCCAUCAACUACAGGGGUCAGUUCUUUUCGGGCAGCGCCCACAGGAUCUACCUGCUGGGCAACCCCGUGGUGUGGUGGGCGAACCUCGCCUUCCUCGUCAUAUUUUUGGUGGUGUUCGUAGUUAAUUCUAUUAGAGAAAAACGUGCGCAAGCUUUUGGAAGACCUACUCAAGAGGGCUCGCUCGCGCCGCUGCUGAACGCGGCGGGCUGGUGCGGCGCGGGCUGGGCGUUGCACUACGUGCCCUUCUGGGCGAUGGGCCGCGUGCUGUACUUCCACCACUACUUCCCCGCCCUCGUCUUCAGCUCCAUGCUCACUGGUAUCCUCACGGUAUACCUCCUGCGCAGCAUCCAGAGCUACCUGAGCCGCGAGCUGGGGAGCGCCGUGUACCAGGGCGCGCUGGGGCUCGCGGCCUCGGGUGCGGCCUACAGCUUCUGCCUGUUCUCCCCGCUGGCCUACGGCAUGAGUGGCCCGCUGGCGCACGAACCCAACUCCACUAUGGCGGGCCUCAGGUGGCUCGAUACUUGGGAGUUC